AUGAAGCUGAGGAAGAAGGGGCUGGAGGAUGAGAAUGCCACCUACCUGACAUCACUCGAAGGGGACCUAGCUAGGGAGGAGUUGAAGGCUCGGCUUGGUGGCUUACCUGUGAAGGAGCUGCAGCAGGAAGCUUCUGCCAUGGUGGUUGGGAUGGAGCAGGUGGAAUUGGAGACCUUGCACAGGCGCAUGGGGCAUGCAAGCAUGGAUAGGGUCAAGGAGUUGGUCAAAAAGGGCAUGGUAAAAGGGAAGGUCAUGAUCACCCGGGAUGUUGUCUUCUACGAGGAGGUGAACUACCUGCAGUGGAAGGGAGUAGAGAAAGAGAUUGCAGCAGCAGGGACAGCAAUUGCACCGGACAAGGUGGACGAUCUUUUGGAAGAAAAGGAGAGUGAGGGAGUUGGUGAUGAAGGAGAUGAGGAACUCGAAGAUGUGGAACGGGCAGAUUCAGUUGAUUGGGUGUGGGAGAAGGCACCAACCAGGGAAGCGGAUGAAAGCAAGGUAGUGGAGAUAGCAGGGGAGCAGCCAAGCAAAGAAGUAGCUGAGGAUGGCAUUGAUGAAGUGGCUGAAGAAGAGGGAGAUGAAGAAUCAGCAGCUGAAGGAGAUAGUGAUCCUUGGAAGCUUCUAAACAGUGAUGACAACAAUGCCAAGAUGAGGGAGAUAGAGGAAUUACUUGAGGAGGGCGCCAUCGUGAUUGGAAGGGAAGUGAAGAAUGGAGAAGGGAAAGCACUGGCGGAUUCCAGUGAGGAUGAGGUCGAGUCACUUGCAGAGGAGUUGGGGAAAGGAAAGAGGGUGCUGCGAGUGUGGCCAGCCCUCAGCCUCGUCCUCCCGCCUCGUUCCCUUUUACGAGCUCGAGUUACCCCUGCACUCUUCAGCACAGGAAGCAGCACACACGCACACGUGCCUCCCCAGACGAAGGGACCUCUCAAACGCAAGGCCAAGGGAGGAGCAGCUGCGGCAGCAGCAGGGGAGAAGGGUGGGAAGGGGAAGGGAGGAACAGUAGCAACAGGGGAGAAGGGUGGGAAGGGGAAGGGGGGAACAGUAGCAACAGGGGAGAAGGCCGGUGGUGUGUCUGUGCAGGAGUGUGUUGAGCGUUACACAGCAGAGGAGCGGCUGGAUGGUGGUAACCAGAUGUGCUGCGAGCAGUGUGGGCGAAAAACGGACGCCACAAGAAGGGUGUGCAUUCACAGCGUGCCUCCCGUGCUGAACCUGCACCUCAUGCGCUUCGUGUUCGAUGCAAAGACCAUGAGCAAGAAGAAAGUGACUUCAGGGGUCCGGAUCCCUCUCACUCUCGACCUUUCACCGUACGUGGUGCAACCACGAGGUGAUUCCUGCAGAGAAGCCGGCGAGCCUGUGGCAGAAGAAGCUGCAGAAGCAGCAGCUGCACCACCAGCAGCUGCAGCACCAACAGUGAGAGCAGGAGGAGCAAGAGGAGCAGGAGCGGCAGGGGCAGGAGCAGGGGCAGGAGGAGCUGGGGUAGUGAGUAACGCUGGGUGUGCUGCAGGCGAUGGGAGGCCAAGGGGAGGGAAGCGAAGCAACAGAGGAAGUGGGGUAAGAGGGGAGGAAUUCCGGCAGUGGGGAGGGGGGAAGAGGCGAGGUGGUUCAGCAAGAAAGGGAGGAAGAGGAGGAGGGGAAGAAGAAGGAGCAGGAAAAGCAGAAGCAGGAGAAGGAAAAGCAGAAACAGGAGAAGGACAAGCAGAAGCAGGAAAAGGUAGAUCAGAAGCAGGAGAAGGAAAAGCAGAAGCAGGAGAAGGAAAGGCAGAAGCAGGAGAAGAGCAAAGAACAGCGGAGCCUAGUCAGACGACAUCCGAGCCUCCUAGACCUAGUCUUAAGUACCAGUUAGUAGCGAUUCUGCAGCACAAAAGCAGGCAGGCGUCGUGCGGGCACUACGUGGCACAUGUGAAAGAAGUGCACUGUGGAGAGUGGUGGUUGUACAAUGAUGAAGAGGUGGUGAGGCUGGGCCGACACCCCAUGGGGGAGGGGAAGGGGGACAAGGGGGGUGUAAAAGCGUCUGGGAAGGGGACAGAGAAUGGGGCUGACGGUGUGGAUGCAAGGGACGGUAAGCGGAGUAAGGAGGGGAGUGAGGAGGAGUGGGUUUCGGAGGUUUCAGUGAACGGCUAUGUCCACCCCCCCUCGUGUGGACCACAGAAGCGACGCAGAGUAGGGCGACAACGAGGCCUUGAGUCGUUUCUCAAGCCCGCAGCCUCUGAGAAUCCACCUGACGAAACACCUGACGGUUCUGGCAAGGCGCCUCUGAAGAAGCAGAUCUCGUUGCUGACGGAUUCUGUUGCUGCUCCACCUGGAAAAGCACCUGUAAGGCAACGGCGGUCAGCGUCCUUAGCUCAGCAUGUGACAGUGACAAGCAAGAAGCAAGAGGCAGUUUGUAACGGUGUGCAUGGUGCGGACAGUGGUGGUGGGGUGUGCGGGCCGGUUGGUUCCAGGAAAAGGGGGACUGCAGUGAACGGUCGGGAGGGAGAGGGGGAGGAGGAGGAGGUGACGUCAGCAGAUGCAUACAUGCUUAUAUACGUGCGGGAGGGCUUCGGGGAAGGAGAGGAAGGGGAGGGGGUGGGGUUCAGUGGGUUUGUGAACUUUGAUAAGGCAGCUAGUGCAAUUGAGGGUCCCAUUGACAACACCCCUCUCCUGUGCCCUUCUCACGGGCUGGUACCACGAGCCAGCCUGCCUCUCAUGAAGCGUGUGUCGCCUGUCGCAUGGGCCAUGCUGGUUUCCCAGUACGAAGGUGGUCCGGCCCUCUCCCAGGUAGCAUGCUGCUCGGAGUGUUUGAUCGCAGAGGCGCUGGCAGCAGUGAGUGCAGGCAGCUACAGGGAGGAGAGGGCGCGCGUGCGACUGCUGGUGGAAGAAAACAUCAAAGGAAGGGGCAUAGAUAGGCCAGGAUACUACGUCUCCAAGCCAUGGCUGAACAGCUGGCUUAGAAGGACAAAAGCUGACGCCCCUACUGCGGCUGACAGCAACCCCCUGGGCGGCAUUGUUUGUCCGCAUCUGGGGUUGAUGCCGGAGGGUGGAGGAGGGGAGGCGAGGAGGGCUGUUGUGAGUGGAGAGGUUUGGGGGUGGCUGAAACUGUGGGCGGAGGAGGGGAGGAGGAGAGGAGAGGAGGAGAGAGUGAAAGAGGCGGAGGAGGAGAGGGGGGAAGAGGAAGAGGGUGUGAGGCGAGGAGAGGAGGGGAAAGUGAAAGAGGCCAAGGGGAGAGCGAGGGAAGCUGAGAGCAAGAGUGUUCAUUCAUUGGAGUUCCCAGCCUCUACUGCAGAGUGUGCCGUGUGCGUGGCAGCAGCAGCAGAGGCAGCUGAGCAGGCAGGUGCACUGAGUCUCGUUCAACAGCAGCAGCGCCAACAAUUCCUCCGCCUCUUCUCCCUCCGCCCCCUUCCCCUUUCCCGCCCUCCCUCCCUCUCCCCACACCCCUCCGCAGUAACCUCCUACCGUCCCUCUUCCCCCAUCUCUUCCCCUCGCCCCGCCUCCUCCUCUCCACCCUCCUCUCCUUCCCCACCUUCGCCACUGGGUGCAUCUCGCAAGACACAGCAACAGGAGCCUGUUUCUGAGGCGCCUCAAAAGCAAGAGGAGUGUGGAUACCCCUACGCACUCAUCCCCUCCUCCUGGGUCGCCCUCUGGCGCUCCUUCCUCUCCGCCUCGCCUUCUGCCGCCAGUCGGACUGCGCCUAUCCCCACCUCCGCUGAACCAGCACCUGCAGCACCUGCAGCACCUGCAGCGACAGCAGCACCUGCAGGGGCACCGGCAUGCCAGCAAACGCCGCCCAGUCUAGACGGGGCACUGAGGGCCAUGCGGUGUCAGCAGCAUGGGGGGCUGGUUGCGCCGCUGCCGGCACUGUUUGGAGGGUGCACUAAGGGCCGUGCGGUGCGAGCAGCAUGGGGGGCUGGUGGCCCCGCUGCCAGUACUGGCUAG